CCCAGCUUAUCGGUGGACUCACGAACCAGACUAGCUAGACACAGUCGAUCAUAAAUUUAAACAUUCCCAUUGCUCGAGCAGCAUGAUCACUCGUCCAAAUCCAACUGUAGUGAUGGGCUGCGAACUAGCGAAAGUAGAAACAUGACUCACCAGCUGUCGCGACGUGCCGGUUCAAUUUCAAUUUGCUGGAAAGCACUGCUUGUUUGGAUCCUGAGGCGCGCAGGGCAGCAUUCGCUAGUGUGUAUGCAACCUAGUAACUCGGUCAUACAUGCACCGACAAACAUAGGUGCUGUUAAAGCAAUAACAAUGGCGAACAAGGAUGAACGCAUUUCCGGGCGAGGUUAUCUUCUGAGCAGUGAGGAGGUUCUGUCUGAGGAUGGGGAAACGCUAUCGAUUUGGCAGAAUCUUUAUUACUGUCGGCUGGCACAAAUUUGGUAGAACGUGCGAGAGCGUCGUGUCAUAUUCUGCUGGCAAAUCUCCUACGUGGUUUUAUCAUUUGAACAUGAAGUGGCGGCCAUUGAAGUACGUGCAAUUGC